UCUAGUUUUUCUGACAGCGAUGUACAAAAUAUGGAUCUAUUCAUCUCUGACGACAAAUACCAUGUCUUGGCUCAACGAUGCACCCUAGCCACUUACAGCAGUGGAGUAACCCUACGCUCCUCAACAUCAUCCCUAAUUUGUGGCGGAAUCCUCGUCCAAGCCAGAUGGGUCCUAACAGCAAGCCACUGCCUUGACGGAAUACGAAACCCAACUUCGCUGGGUGUGAUGGGCAAAGGCCUUCUUCCCGAAACCCAGAGAGUAAUCGAGGUGGAAAAAGUCUACAUCCAAGACGUGUACGACCCCAAGACUCUCGAACACAACAUCUGUUUACUCUAUCUGAAAAAGGGUUUCUCGCACCCUAUGACUUUCCCAUCUCUCUCUAGCGCCGAUCUGUUCACAUACUUAGUUGAUAUACAGGAAACAAUAGCCACUAUAUUGGGGUGGGUCGGGAACCGGCCGAAGAAUCCGGGAAAAGUCAUGGAUUCCUUUUGUUUAGCUGUGCGUCUGGGGACUCUCGAUGAUUGUGCGGCGUUUUACGAAAGGUAUGUGGACAAUGAGACGAUGUUUUGCACGAGUAGUGGUCCUGAGGGUGAGCAACCGUGUAAAGGAGAUACUGGAUGUCCUUUGUUUGUAAAAGGGGUGGUGUUGGGGCUGGUGACUUAUGGAAAGGACUGCAAGAUGAAAGAUGCGUUGACGUUGUUUAGCAGAGUCGAUAGGGCUCUUGAGUUUAUCGAACAGACGGUGAGAAGUCAGGGGUACGAGUUUGGUAAUAAGAGUGUUGAAGGUUUCUACGCUUAUUAUGUGGGAUCAAGGGGAUUUGAAGCUAAAGGAUCUUUGAUAGUGGCACUUGUUGCUGGGUUGGUGUUGCUAACGGUGAUGUAAUAGGUGUUUUUUAAAUUGGUUGAAAUUUA